AUGACUCCGGUUCGGUGGGCCUGGACUACUCGAGGCUCAGACCUCAAGAAAGACAAGAGUGAAGGCCAUGGAGGGGCCUGGAGAUACUUAGUACUCUCCUGCCUCCAAUGCUUUUGGCCUUUUGGCCAGAAGGAAACAGACUUGACCCAGGACAGCCAGGCCCAGGACCAUGCAGACAAGGGUGUGCAUGAGUGUGCCCCAAAGGACACGAAGAAGCCAGGUUUAGAGUCCUGCUUCACUGCAGACACGGUGGAAAGGCUAGUGACACAACUGGUGCCAUCUCUGCAGGGAAGAGACCCCUUCUUUAGCACUUUCUUCCUGUACACAUACAGAAGAUUCACUACCACGCGACAUGUGCUGGACCUGCUGUUGAGCCGGUAUGCAUACUUCCGCCCGGAUUGUGAAGAGGAUGAACAGGUAAAGAGAACCCUCUGUUCCUUCCUGAACUCAUGGAUAGACAUAUACCCAGAGGAGUUUUGUCAAACCUCAGACCUGUCCAUUCUCAAGAAGCUGGAGGCCUACUUGACUGUGAACAUGCCCGACUCAGAUCUGAAUCACCGUGUCCAUAUGCUUCUUGUGGAGUUGCAGUCCAGUGAUUCAGAGAGUGAGGAUGAUGGAGACUCAGAUUUGGUGAGCCACAUAGCUGGAGAUUCAGAGAGUGAAGUGUGGUUUCUGUCAGUGAAACAACAGCCAGAACCAGCUGGAGCAAGAGACAGAGAGCCCAAAGUCCACCAGGAUGCUCUAAUGUUGGAGCCAGAUGUGACAUCAGCAGUCCAGCCAGCACACCUACUAGCAAAUGUGGAACCUGUGUCUCACCAAGUCAGCAGACACAGUGGCCUUUCAAACACCUCGCCCUAA